CCAACCCACAUUCUGCACCUGCAAAGAAGCUUAGAUAGCUCGAAUCAGCAUCUUGUGAUAGUUCUCUGGUGUUGUGCUUUCAAUGGGAUCCAAAUCAAAGCGGAAGAACGUGCCUCUAUCGAGCAGCGAGCCUGUCAAGUCUGCCAAACGUCAGCGGAAAGCCACUUGGCCAUUCAAUCAAGGUGUCAAUCCUGCACCUCCUACUCUGCCACCAACAGUACGGCGCCCCAUAUGCUCACAAGAGCCAACUCUGCCACAUAAUCAAGGUACGCCAAGCCCGCUGUUCAUGGCGGAAGAUGAGGACCUGGUGGAGGAUGAGGCAGCCAACGCUGGGUUAGACGAUGAUAACAACAACGGCGAGAUGGACGAGCAGGUAGAGAAUGUGUUAGCUGCCUCUCAGGCUAUGGAGGAGCCAGUUACUGCAGACUCACCUGGGGCUGCUACUGCUGCAUCAGUGACUCAACCGAGCCAGCCACAGCGUCCAGAGUCGCAAGUUGAACAAAUAGAUGAGGAGCCACACCUGCACUGGAAUUAUCACGCCUGGUGGAUGUCACUAGGGAAGAAUCCAAUACCUUCAGCAGCUGUUUCUAGGUGUAAGAAGCCGCUGUACACAGUGAAUGAGGACAAAGUGUGGCAAUGGGCGGAUGGUGUUGUAGAUACGCAGCGGCCAUGGGCAGCAAUAAUCGACAGCUUAACGGCAACGCUGUACUAUACUAGUGGCAGCCGCCAAGCCAAAGCUGAUAGAUGUACUAUUGCACUGCAAAGAAGCCGUAGUGUUGCUGGACAGCGUGUUGAAAGAGGCAAUUGGUUUGACUUUGAAGAAGAGCUUGCAGAAAUGGAGAAAGAGAGCGGACAAGUAAUGACUUGUGAUUUUGAUCUGGUGUUAAAGGAGCUGCCGGCUACUCAGCCAGCUACUCAGACUCAGCAAGCAUCUCAGCUGGCGCGAGGCACUGCUUGCGCGCGUCCAGGCAUUGUUACUGCAAUCAUGGAGGAUGGACUUGCUGAGGUUGUCACCAACAAGCGCUUUGCAACAGGCUAUGCUAUCGGUAUAAGAGACUAUUAGAGGUGUCAAGGUGAACAUUGCAAGAACAACCCAGGUGUCUGUUGGAUUUGCCGACCAGAAGGUUGUCAAAUUGACCGAGAGAGUGAUCAUUAUCCUCUCAAUGGCAACCUCAUUGCAAACUGGGCGUGUGCAAUUA